AUGGUUUCAAGAGAACAAGAUUUUGAAAUAGAUCUUGAAGCUGGUCGAACCGAUGUUACUAGAGAAUCAACAUCAGAACGAUUGAAUCUCGGUGUGCCUGAGAAGAUUGGUGAUGAUCUGGUCUCUCCGUUAAUGGGAAACGAGAAGCCGGCAGAAACAAGCAGUCAGAGUUCGGAUCUUUCAGGGGGGAAAUGCGAUGUUGGAAGAAAGUUUAAGAAGUCAAGAAAGGCUUCAAAGCCACCAAGACCUCCUAAAGGCGCUUCCUUGUUGAGUGCCAUUGACCAUAAGGUGAUGAGGGAGAUAGCUGAUCUCGCGAUGAGAAAGCGAGCUAGGAUCGAACGGAUGAAACACUGCCUGAGAAGGAUCAAAGCAGCCAAGUCAUCAUCAUCAACUUCUUCUUCAUGCUUCAGCGUUUUGUCGAUGAUAGUUACGGUUCUGUUCCUCGUCUUUCUAUUCUCUCAAGGAUUAUUCGCAGGCAAUACGAGUUUGAGUUCAGACAAAUCACCUGCACCAGUUGUUUCACCUAACAACCGAUUUGUUUCAGUUCAGUUCAACAAUGAAUUUGCUCCCGUUGAGCAAACCGAUCCCAGCCCAACAACCUCUUUCAGAUACACGAGGAAGCGAAUUUCAGGGGCUGAAGAAGAAGAAGACUCGAGAGAUGUCACCAGAUGA